AUGGACGAGCUGCGUCCGAACUUGGUGGGCGGGCUGUUGGGCCUGCAGCAGGGCCUGCUGGAGGACCAUGCCAGCAUGCAGCACAGCGGCGUGGCGCAGGACACCAAGUUCAUGUCGUUCCAGGACCAGCGGCUGAUGGGCAUCGGCGGCUCGCAUGAGAAUCGACUGCUCAGCCUGGCCAGCUCCGUGCAGGACACGCGCUCGCCGAUCACCACGCUGGACAAGUCGUCCUCCUCGUCGCUCAAUCACCAGCGCAAGUGCAGCAGCACGCCGGAGGACUUCAGUGCGCUCUACUCGGGCCUGCCGACGCCGGGCAUGGAUUCGUCCUCGCACCACCACACGCCGGCCCACACGCCGCCGUCGCGUCUCUCCGACCACACCAUAUCGGCGGAAGGUGCCUUCAAGAAGCUCAAGCCGGAACCCAACAGCGGCCUCUCGACGGUUUCCGCCGGCAUCACAUCGCCCGGAAGUGGAUUAUCAACGCUGAGUCAGCAUGCCGGCCACACCCCAACCACAGCAUCCUGCCCGACGCCAGCCAGGCGGAGACAUCGAACCACAUUCACACAGGAACAAUUAGCGGAACUGGAAGCUGCAUUCGCCAAAUCCCAUUAUCCGGAUAUUUACUGCCGCGAGGAGCUGGCGCGCACAACAAAGCUGAAUGAGGCGCGGAUCCAAGUCUGGUUUCAGAAUCGUCGAGCCAAGUAUCGCAAGCAGGAGAAGCAGCUGCAAAAGGCGCUGGCACCGUCUGUGAUCCCAUCCUGCAACGGGAUGAUGCGCAACAUUCAGGGCUAUAGUGUCUCCCGCGGCUAUCAGCCAUAUCCGCAUCACAACACCAUGAAUCGCUAUCCCCAGGACCUCUUCCAAAUGGGCGCCUCCUCAUAUCCGGGCAUGACGCAACCAUUCUCCAUGGCGCACAGCACGAACAUGGGCUCCGUGGGAGUGCGCCAGGACUCGAUGGGCAUGUCACCAGAGGACGAGUGGUACAACAAGAGUCUGUCCGCCCUGCGGAUGAACUCCUCGCAUCAUCCCAACCUAUGCCCAAUGCUUCAGUAUCAGACAUAAUCAAAGACCUUUGACGACUUCUUUUAAAAGAUCGCACCUCAAACGCAGGAAGAGCAGCAGCAGCAGCAGC